CCUCUUUAAGUAUUUAUACGUAUAAGCUGUCGAUAUGAUUUUUUUGAAGAGGACUGAAUUAUCUGUUUGCGAAGUGAGGAUCUUGAAUUAAAGCUUACAUUUCAGCAAGCGAAAGGAGUUGGUCAGUGGAUAUAGUGUUCACGGACGUUUGAUGAAGAUAAAGAAAGUACUUAGUUUUUUGUAGUGAGCCAUUAUGAGAGUUAACUUGCAAGUUACAGCUGUUCUGUGUUGCUCUUAUCUAUAGGCUUGAAAUCUGGGGUAUGGUGGAUUCUUUUAAUGUUGAUGGAAAAUCUUAAGAGGAAUAAAGCAGUUUCAUUGGAUUAUUUUCACUAAGUUUAAUAUGGUUCACCAGUUUCUAGAUUUAGGGCUUCUACAUAGGAGUCAGGUCAGCUUGCUUGCAGGUAGGUCUGCAUUUACUAUUGUGUUAACUCUUUGAUGUUAUUAUAGUGAAGAGAAGUUGUUGUUUUGGAUAUAUAUGUUCUCGUGUAAGUCAUUAGAACCGAGUUUUAGCUUAAACUAAUAAUAGCAUCAUAAGCUCAUGAUUCUUUGUGCUUUCUUAGCAGUGUUAUCAGUUUUAGCCUUCCUUUCCAAAAAAGGAAACUUAGUCGAAUAAAAAAGUGGUCAUGAAUCCAUGUUAUGCACUCAGUAACAAAAUAUUCAUGACACAGUUGAUUGAAGAUGAGGAUUGGGAGUUGUGUUAGUCCAUAAGUUGUUUCGUGAAUGCUUCACAAGUGUUGUUUUCGCAGCUUCUAUUCCUGUGAGAUAUCAAUAUUUGAUUCUAGUGGAUGAGAAAUGUGCUCAGUAUUGUUUAUCUUAGUUUUUCGUUAGAUUCUGUGUGCUGAUAAAUGAUGCCUCACUGUUUUUAAGUGAUAAUAAGGCAUGUGACUGUUAGGUUUGCCGUCAACUGUAGUAGUUAGGUGCCUAGCAUAUUUUAUUCGAGAGAGUUUUUGGUUGGGUCAACUAGGACCUAUCCCUAUGGCAUGUGACAUUAACAUCAUCUAAGGUUGACCAGCCAUUUGAGGAGACUCUGAACUUGAUUAACCCUCAAGGUGUGAAUGCCAUGGGUCAUAGGGGUUGGAUCUAGUGUGUCCAUUAAAAGUUCUUUUUGGGAAUAUUUUUUUUAAUUCUUGUAAAAGUUCCUACCAAACAAUGGAAAAAACAUCACCAAAACCCACUCUCACAUAGAAUAGUGGGUCUCAUGGCUGUUCAGGUAAUCACCACACCCAAAAAGAGUUCCCCAUAUCGAUGGGAAUCGGUUUUGGUGUUGUUUUUUCUAUUGUCUGUCUAGGACCACUGUUUUAUUUUCCUGAGUUGUAAAGACCUUGUGGUAGAAAGUUCUGAAUUUAUCUCGAGUCUCUUGACCUUUGUACCCACUAACCGUUGAAGAAUGGCCAUUGAGGUCUUGGAUCCAGAAUUUUGGCUCAAACUUAUAUAUGGUAUUGCAUUGCUUGAAACCAGUGUGAUGUAAAAUGUUCUCAUUAUUUGUAACAGCAAAAUGAUUUUCGCCAGAGUUGGGAGUGUUGUAAGCUUAGUUGUUAUCUCCUGGAGCUUAGUUUUAGUUGGUUAGCGUGUGUUUGCUAACAUCCUACAGAGUAAGUAGGCAUUCUACCACUCACUAUCCAUACACGUUAAACACAGCUCAGAGAAAACCUUAAGACGUAAAACGUGACACUAAUCCAGAAGAUAAAUCUAAUCUUUAUUGAUGUCUGGUGGAUGAGAAAUGUGCUAAUGCAUAAUAGUAGUGCUAGGCCAUCAUGUUUAUCGAUAGACCUAAUUAUCUGAAUUCCUUUUCUGGAUUCUAUGUGCUGAUGCUGAUAGUGAUGGCUCUUUGUUUUUUCUACAGGGUGAUAAGAUUGCCGUACUUAUUGGUACAAUUACUGAUGAUACACGGGUUUAUGAGGUACCUGCAAUGAAGGUUGCUGCGCUGAGGUUUACAGAGACAGCAAGAGCUCGAAUUGAGAAAGCCGGUGGUGAAUGUUUGACAUUCGAUCAACUUGCUCUCAGGGCACCCCUUGGACAGAACACAGUUCUUCUGAGAGGACCCAAAUACUCAAGAGAGGCAGUUAAGCAUUUUGGAGCUCCUGGAGUACCUCACAGCCACAGCAAACCAUACGUCCGCUCCAAGGGUCGAAAGUUCGAGAAAGCUAGAGGAAAGAGAAACAGUCGUGGUUUCAGGGUUUAGAAAUUUAGUCGUGCGGGUGUUAUCUUUUAUAUUUUUUGCAGUCUUUAGAGAUGUGAAAAUUACAUUUUCAAGUGUUUUAGUAAAAGGUUAGAUGUUCAAGUAGCUUGUUUCUGUAUUUCCCUGUUGGUUGGCAGAUGUGUAAAAACCUUUAGCAAUUAUGUUACUAGUGUUAUCAAAAUUAUUCUGAUUCUCGAAAGGUUUCAUUUAUGUUCACACAAAUGGUACUCCCUCUGUUUCAGGAAAAAUGAUAUUUUCACAAAAUAGAUUGAAUUAAAGAAGUGAAAGCAUCACUUUUUCUGAAACGAUCUAGAAAACCAGAAACCUGUGAGCAAGAUGGUUGAAGCCUGCAGAUUGCCAUUAGCUGAAAAACAAGCUCGGAAGAUCAAAUCCAGUUUAGAUCGCAGCAGACCGAGUUUGAUCAGAAUAAUGAAGCGGUCGCAUGUUAGUGGAUGUUUUUGGCUGGGGAUUCUGAAGGGUUUCAGUACAUCUUUCAAUGACGUUGGUGGAUCACAAAGGAAAAAUGUAUAACCUAACUUAUAUUGCUGACCGUACCGCACUAAGUGGUGGGUGGAAAGGAUUUGCUGAGGAUCACAAUUUAAGAAAGGGAGAUGCAGUUCUAUUCCAGUUGGUUAACCUUAAGGAAUUUAAGGUUUACAUUGCAAGGGAAAAUGGUGCAGCAGACACUUAUGGCGGAGCUGACACUGAUAAUAUAGAAGAUGUUGAUGGUAAUAUAAGCCUUCUGGAACUGAAAGCACAGGCGCAGAAAAUCACUCAAGGCGAUGCUGGUAAGAAUUUAAAGCGGGAGAGAAAACCUGUUGCCAAGCGCCAACGUGUAGCCAAACGCCAAAGGCAUGUUCCUUCAGCUGUUGUUCAGGAUGCAAAUGGAAGUCAGCAGCAACCUGAUGACAAUGGUGAUGUGGUAGAUUCAGUGGUUGGAGAUUUUGAGAGUUUCACGAAAAUCGCUAACGAUUUAGUUGGAGAUUCAAAAAUGCCCGAGGACGUAUGGCUAAAUAUUACAAGCUUUGCUGCACCCAUAACUCAAUCCUUCAUACAAAUCUUCAUCCCGGCCACAAUUAUGAUUUAGUUGCGGGUGUCAUUACCGAAACUGUCAAGAUUGUUUAUGGCAUCAGGUCUUGCAAACUCAAUGACACUUUCAAUGGUGAGUUGACAGUCUGGAGAAACAAAUUGGAAGCCUUUGAGAAGCUUGGCAUGAGCGUUGGUUUUAUAUUUCCUAGGUUAAGCCAACUUGAGAAACUGUCCGAAAAAGCGGCAAGAAGGCUCCCAUAUCAGCAAAUUUACCAGGAAUGAUGCAAUCGGUAGCUUACAUGUUUGUUUGAUCUUUUCAUAGUCUUGCAUGACUUUUUGAUGUUUGGUAAAA